CACAAAUUUAUUUUUAGAAGAUACUGAUUUCUUUACUUUCGUUUUUGAGUUUGCCUGUGAAACUUCUGAUAAUGAUGUAAUGGAGAGAUUGAUACUACCCCAAGAAACUACUUGUACAUUUCCGUACGACUAAUAAUGCCAUUCCAAUCGAUCAAAAAAUAGACCAGAAUGUCAAUUGAAGAUGACUAUCGCAGACGUGUAAUACAGGAAAACUUGGUGAAACUUGUUGACCGUUUGUCACCUGAUGAAUUAUUGCCCCACCUUUCAUGCCUAUCAAGGCAAUCACAACAAAAGAUAAGAUGUCGGUUGGCACAAGAGGGUCAACAAGCAGCGACCGUUUUAUUAUUAGACGACUUGCCCAGAAAAGAUAAUUGGUGGGAGCAGUUAAUGUCAGCUUUAUGUCAUCCUGCUGUUGGUCAAGUGGAUAUGGCAGAGUUACUACAAACGCAAGAAGACAUUUUUCGUGGAAUUAACACGAAAUCUGAAAAAUUAGAGUUAAUCGCCGAAGUUCAUAAAGGAGCACCACAGAAUGAGAAGAUGCCUCCAUAUAAAACGAGAAAAGUGGAAAUAAACUGGUCUACUCCUCUCCAAAAAUUACCAUUUUCUGUCGUCAAAGUUUUACAGAGAUUAGAUGUUGACUCAAAAUGGAAAGAUUUGGCUGCACAAACAGGUUAUACAGUGGAACAGGUGGACAGUUUGGAAGCAUAUACAGACAAAGACGGAGGCCACGUUCAAAAACUAUACAGAGAUCUUCAGACAAGAUACAAUUUCACGUUAUGUCAACUUGUAGAUGCUCUGCAGAAUAUUGAAAGAUUAGAUAUUUUAGAUGAGCUUAGUCAUAUUGAAGAAUUUAAACAUUUAGAAUGGUCUAAAGGAAUGACUCCUGAGAGUUCAUUUGAAAACCAAAUCUUGCAGCCUUCAAUUGAUAAUCAGAUUAAAACGGCGCUACCGCAAAACAUACGGUUAAUAAAGAGAGAUGAAAACAAAUCGGACUGCACAUACCAGAAGGCAGAGUGUAAAAGUGAUGUUUCAAACAGAGAAGUUUCGAACAAGAAAUUAUGUACAUCUAACGAUGAAAGUAAUUCUGAGAGUUCAGUGAAAAGAAUUGUGACAGCUUUAGGAGUGAUAGCUGUAUCUUCUUUUAUUUUUCAUCGCUGCGUUUUCAGAUAGAAAAAAAUGUUUGUUAAUAUAAUCCUCAGAAAUAAAGACAAGUAUUCAAGGUUA